ACCAUGUGUUUUUGACGUUUUCAUUUACCGAAGUAAAUAAAGUUGCUGAAAGUUUUCAUGGGUACCUAUCAUUCGUUAUUUUUUGUGAGCUAAAUAAACGAGAAAGUCUAAUAUGUCUUCGAGCGAAUCAGAGUCGAAUGAAGAAAGGGAACGCAUUUCAAGGCUCGGAGACUGCGAGGUAUGUGGCGAUAAAGAGGCCAUAUAUUCCUGUCCCAAAUGCGAAGUGAAGACAUGCUGUUUGAGCUGUGUAAGGAUCCAUAAAAAGGAGUUGGAAUGUGACGGCGUCCGCGACCGCACCAAGUUUGUUCGGAUGAAAGACUUUACAGACACAGACCUGCUGAGUGAUUACAGGUUGUUGGAGGAAUGUGCGCGGUUCGUGUACAGCGUAAAACGUGAUGAAAAGAAGAGGUUCACUAGAAUUGACAAGGAUUUGCCAAUACAUCUGUUCAAAUUGAAAAUGGCGGCACGAAAAAGAGGUGUAGUUCUCCAAUUCUUAGCUCAAAACUUCUCAAGGCAUGCAUCGAACACUACUCGCUACAACUACAAAGCUAACAUUAUAAACUGGAGAAUUGAGUGGGUGUUUCCCAAUGUGGAAUCGGAUCCUGUCAAAUUUGUUGACGAACGGUGCUCAGAGCAUAAAAAGUUGGCCGAACUUCUGGAUAAAUAUUUGAAUCCUGAUGCGGAACCUUUCGAAGGAUCAAAAUCAUUGAGUUUUUAUAAGUCGGCAGGUUUUAGUGGAGUCAAAGUACUGCUUAGAGCUGAAAAGGUGAAAGGUUCCGCUAGAAAGUUUUUUGAGCUGGAUCCCACAGAGUCGUUGGCGGAGAAUUUGUCCGGCAAAUGCAUUGUGGAAUUCCCCAUCAUAUUUGUGGUACUCAAGGACCAUGCUUACAACUUUGAAAUUAUUACACCAGAAGAUACCUUUCACAACACAGAAGAUAAAAAGCCCGACAAAAGACGAGAAGAUACUGGACUACCCACAAAUGAAAAUGUACCACAGAAUUUUGUUGAAGAGCGACCACUCAACAAAAUACCAUCAAGAAAGCGGCCGUUAUUAACUGAGAAAAUUGCCAAAGAGAAGGAAAUGGAAAUACAGAAAGAGAUAAAAGCGGAGAAGAAGAAGAAACCAAAGAAUCUUCUCUUUACAACUGGUUAUUCUUCAGAAGAGAGCAUUACGGACAAUGACAGUAAUGAGGAAGGUAGUUAGAAUAAGAAUACAGUUUAUGU